AUGAAUUCAAAAGAAAGAAGUAUGGACUUGACAUUCAUUGACAGAAAAGAAAGAAAAAUUCAGAGUCCCUUAAGAGAAGUAGUUAGCCCAACUGGCCAUCUGUAUUUUCCAAUAGGAUCUCAAGGUCAAACUUCAGCAGAAUCUUUCCAAGGUCAAUGGUCAUCAGAAUCUGAGAAUCAGAGUCUCAGUCAAAGAUUAAGUGACAGCCAAGAAGAUGCAAGUAAUAAUAACGGGUUGAGUUUGUCUGAUAACACUUAUUUUGGCAAUUCUUUCCCUGGGAGUCUUACCUUGGAGCAAGAAGCUGCAUUGCUGCGAGAACUUGAACCAGAUUCAGUGAAGGAAACUUCAGGACAGUUACAGUUUGACAUGCGAUAUAUUGACAGGAAAGAGGCCAAUAUGUCACAGCAAGGGACAGAAAAUUUGCCUGGUUCUCACUCAGAAAAGCAGACGGACAAAGCUGCUGAAACAGUUAGUCAAGACAGGACAUUUUCAAAUUCUAUCUCCAUGGAGAUAAAUAGUCCAUUAAAUUCUCCUUAUGUCAGUGUGCUGUCAAACCCUCUGAAUUUUAAGGAUGAAGAUGAAGAAGAAAAAUGUGACUCCAAGAAGAGAGCUUAUGAAAUCCGAAGUACAACCUCUGUGAUGUUAUUCCAAGAAAGAAAUCUCUUUGCGGAUGAGAAGGAGGCAGCGGUGGUAGCCGACACCAGCAGCGAGGAAACGGUUGAAGACUCUGUUGCCUUUGAGCAUUCUGACAGUUGGAGGUCUGACUCCAUGGCAGCCAAGCUUUGGAGGCAGACUGAUUCCAAGUUUUCUUCAGCAGCUGACGAACUGCCUGAGGUGGAAGUCUUCCCUGCAGUGGCAUCAAUGGAGGACAUCACAGACAGCAGAUUCCCUGAGCAACACAAAUCCUUGUCAGUUGAGGAAAAUUUUAAUGCCACAUCUUGUGAGACAACACAUUCCAAGAUAGCUAUUUCAAAUUCAGUGUCCACAACUGAUGGCAACAAUGGUAUGGAGUUUCAGGGGAGAAAAUCGCCUUCACAUCAGGAACUGGGUCAAGAAAUAAGGGAGGAAUUUGUAUCAAACACUACUGUGCCUCAGAUGACAGAACAAACCUCUGUUGUGUCUACACCAUCAAAACCAGCACCAGUAAAGAUGAUCGAGAUAGAAAGAAAAUUUGUAGUCACUGGCGAAAGUGUGGAUAAACUUAAAGAAUUGGGAGCAUCGUUGAAUGUUGAGACGACAUUUACAGAUAAAUAUUACGAUGAUUCUAAAUAUUCCCUGACCUUACAAAACUGUUGGCUGAGACAGAGAAACCAGGCCUGGGAACUUAAGGUGAGCCGAAAUGUGUCCUGUAAAUUAGCAACACAGUAUGAGGAAAUGACCAAAGAAACCGAAAUUGUUAAAUAUCUAGUUCAGCAUUUUAAUGUGGAUGGACUUUCCGAGGAUCUCAGCGCGACAGAUCUGGUAAAAAUCAUUGGCCUGGAAGUAUUUGCGACUUUUACGACUCAUCGUCAGAGCUACAGUCUUCCUGAAUGUACAGUCGACCUUGAUAUCACCGAUUUUGGUUUCCAAGUUGGGGAAAUAGAAGUGAUGGUUACACAUGAGAGUAGGAUUCCUUCAGCUCUGAACACUAUUGAAGACAUGGCCAAGAAGUUAGGUUUUCAGUGUCUGUCAAAGCUGCAGUAA